UAAAUUUAUUAAUCACUGUCCAACUUCAUCUCCUUCUGGAAGGAAGGGAAUAUAUAGAUUUCUUGAUGUAAAAAAAGGAGGAGAAGAAAAGGAAGAUGCAUGCAUGAGUCGUUGCACAUGCAGUCUCCAUAGUGACCGGGGAAUGAGAAAACCCAGAGGAGAGGAAAACGCCGUACUGGUAUUGAUGAGAUGAGGAGGUGGCUUUGCCGCUAAGCUGCUGAGAAUCUCCAAGACAUCCCGGGAUUCAUGACAGACAAAAAGCGGUGGAGGCUGAGUGUGGAGCGCGAUAGAUGAUGAUUUGAGAUACUAGAUUCAAUUCAAGGGGCAGAAGAGGGCCAGCAUGCAAUAGAAAUGCAGGCACCUAUUUACUCAAUUCUGGGCUCUUGCCAGCCAACUUCAAGGGUCCAUCACAGGAGGAGGUCUGUCAUUCGGGAUCCGGUUGUGCAUUCAAACUCUAGGAUUUCCGGAAAUUUGAAUAUAUGGGCCCCAACAAAAGGGUCCUCUGCUACUUGUCUCCUUGCUGAUGUUUAUAAAGAUUUUGUGACCUUGGAUGCCCCAGAAUUGGCAAAACCAGAAGCAGACCCAAAAACGGUUGCUUCUAUCAUAUUAGGGGGUGGAGCAGGAACACGGCUUUUUCCUCUCACUAAAUCAAGGGCAAAACCAGCUGUGCCAAUUGGGGGAUGCUAUAGACUUAUAGAUGUACCCAUGAGUAAUUGCAUCAACAGUGGAAUUAACAAAAUCUACAUCCUCACCCAAUUCAAUUCUCAAUCCCUCAACCGUCAUAUUGCUAGAACAUACAAUUUGGGAAGUGGUGUAAACUUCGGUGAUGGGUUUGUUGAGGUAUUAGCAGCUACUCAAACAUCUGGUGAAUCUGGAAAGAAGUGGUUUCAGGGAACAGCAGAUGCAGUGAGACAAUUCAUUUGGUUGUUUGAGGAUGCUAGGCAUAGACACAUUGAGAACAUUCUGAUAUUGUCUGGUGAUCAUCUAUAUCGAAUGGAUUACAUGGAGUUUGUACAGAAGCACAUCGAUUCAGAUGCUGAUAUAUCUGUCUCCUGUCUUCCCAUGGAUGAAAGCCGUGCUUCUGAUUUUGGGUUGAUUAAGAUUGAUGAAAUGGGACAGAUACGGCAGUUUCUUGAGAAACCCAAGGGUGAAACUUUGAAAUCUAUGCGAGUGGAUACAACUGCUCUAGGAUUAUCACCUGUAGAAGCAAAGAAAUUCCCAUACAUUGCAUCAAUGGGUAUAUAUUUGUUCAAAACAGAUGUCCUACUAAAACUUCUCAGGUGGAGUUAUCCAACAGCCAAUGAUUUUGGGUCAGAGGUCAUCCCAAUGGCUGCUGAAGAAUGUAAUGUCCAGGCAUAUCUAUUCAAUGGCUACUGGGAGGAUAUUGGGACCAUAAAAUCCUUUUUCGAUGCAAACUUAGCACUCACAGAUCAGCCUCCCAAGUUUCACUUCUACGACCCACUCAAGCCAAUCUUCACAUCCCCUCGGUUUCUACCACCAACUAAAAUAGAGAAAUGUCGGGUCAUGGAUUCUAUAAUUUCACAUGGGUGCUUUUUGAGGGAGUGCAGUGUUGAACAUUCAAUUGUGGGGAUUCGUUCAAGACUGGAUUAUGGCGUAGAGAUGAAGGAUACCAUGAUGAUGGGUGCUGACUAUUACCAAACUGAGGAAGAGAUAGCAGCCUUCCUGGCAGAGGGAAAGGUUCCAAUAGGGGUUGGGAAAGACACGAAAAUUAUGAACUGUAUAAUUGACAAGAAUGCAAGGAUUGGAAAGAACGUCGUCAUCACAAACAAGGAUAAGGUAGAAGAGGCGGAUAGACCAUCGGAGGGCUUUUAUAUUCGAUCAGGAAUUACUGUGGUGCUGAAGAAUUCUGUAAUCAUGGACGAGACAAUCAUUUAGGAACAAUGUUUUUCCAAUGAAGCGAUGACAGAAAGGAGCAUCAGAGGGGCAUACAUGCAAAUGUUCAUCCAUGCAAUAAGGUGGAAUAAGAUAAAUAUAUACUUUCCUAGUCUUCAUAGGUUUGGAAAGACUUUUUCUUACAUGUUGCUGAGUCUUUUCUGCAAUGUAAGUUGAUCAAAUAAGGCCUAGAUAUCUUGAGAGAAAAAAAAUUAGAAAAUGGUUUCCUAAGUCCCCUUCCAAAUCUUUUGUAUCCUCCUUUGUGUGUGCAUAGAUAGAUAUACACUAUUCUGAAAGGUGUUACACAAAUUUUUGCCCACAUAUUCAAUGAGAUGAAACACAUUACAAUUGUAUUGAAA